AUGGGACUCUCAUACAAUACCUACAUUAAUUCGGGCAAGGUAUUUGGGUGCAAGCAUUGCAAAACCCAUCUUGCGGAUUACCAUGAUAUCGUAAGCCGGAACUUCCGGGGCCAGCAUGGCAAGGCGUAUCUCUUCAACAACGUCGUUAACGUCAACCAAGCCGAAGCCGUGGAACGGAACAUGACGACCGGUCGGCAUAUCGUUCGGGACAUCAUUUGCAGACAAUGCAGGGAGACGGUGGGCUGGAAAUACGAUAAAGCAUUUGAGAACAGCGAAAAGUACAAAGAGGGCAAGUUCAUCCUAGAGGCAGAACUCCUCUGCGUUAUAUAUUAG